AUGCAAACGAAGUUGCCCGAUUACAUGAUACCAAAUCGAUUAAUGCGCGUUGAGAAAAUACCGGUGACUCUAAAUGGCAAGUUGGAUGCAAAAGGUUUGCCGGACAGUGCGUUUUCUUGUGAUGAGAAAAAUUAUAUUGCACCUAGGAAUGAAUUAGAAGUCAAGCUUUGUCAAAUAUGGUCGGAUUUACUCGGCAUUGACAAGACUGGUAUAACGGAUGACUUCUUUCGGCUUGGCGGCGAUAGCAUAGGCUCACUGCAACUAAUUGGUCGAAUUCGGAAAGAUCUGGACUUGUCCGUCUCCGUAAAAGAUUUGAGAUUUAAGCAGAUUGAUGAUAAAAGAUACAUUCAGUACUAUGACAGUUCAUCAACUACUGCUAACAUUUUUCCAUUGAAUCAUUUGGACAUUCGAAAUCUCGGACCGAGCGAUAAUGAGCACCAAUUAUUGAAUGAAAUAUUGACCGAACAAUGGUCACAGUUGGUUCAGUCGUAUGCAGUACGUAAAUCAGCGACCGAAGGACUUUACUGGCGUAAUCUUGUGAGCAAUGUACUCUGUUUUAAUGAUGGUUUAAGUAAGUGCAAUGCGGUAUUUGACAAUAGACCGACGACGACUGCGACUGAUAUCACACUGAGUACAAUUCAAACAUGUAGCCUAUUGAGAGACUGUCCGCAUGCGUACGAUGCACAUAUAAACGUGUUGCUGCUUACUGCACUUGGUUAUGCCCUAAAAGAACUAACUCGAAAUCGAAUUAACUAUGUGACAUUAGAAGGUCACGGGCGUGAAGAUAUCGAUGGCGACAAUAUGGACAUCAGUCGAACAGUAGGUUGGUUUACAACGAUGCACCCGGUUCUUCUCGAAAUUGGCGACGAUCUGAGGCGUAGUAUCAUGAAUGUCAAAGUGCACUUGAUGCAAGUGCCUAAUAAAGGAAUUGGCUACGGCACAAUCAUUGGCUACAAAGACCAAGACUUGCCACGAGUUAGCUUCAACUAUCUCGGACAAUUCGAAGCAGCGCCGUCGACUAAAGCAGGCAGUAGCAGUAAUAAUAGGGGAUGGUACUUAACCAAUGGAGUUGUCGGAGAUGAAGUCGGCGACGAUCGAGCGGACAAGGCUGCUGACGGUGACGUAAUUGCUAUGAAUGGACUUUGCAUGAAAGGUCAAAUACGAUUCAACAUCAAGAGCAGACUGAACUCUGAAAGAACAACACAAUUCGCCAAUUCAUUUAAAUCAAAGCUCGAAGAUAUCAUUCGCGAGUGCUUUGCUACUAAGCCGCUUAGUGAAAUGGAUUAUUCAGAUGAUUUCGAGCAUCCAUUUGUUGUAUUAAAUGCUGAUUCCGAUAAUAUUUUGUUCAUUUUGCCGCCUGGCGGCGGUGGCGCCGAAAGUUACUUCAAUAAUAUUGUGCCUCAUUUAUCACCAUAUAAACUGAUAGUAUUCAACAAUUACUAUCGUAAUCUUAAAGAACAACAUAUGGAAAAAGGCUUCUCAUUCGAAACAUUAGCUCGUUUAUACAUAAAGUAUAUAAAACUAAUUCAACUCAACGGCCCGUAUAACUUUUUGGGUUGGAGUUUUGGCGGAGUUUUGUCGUUUGAAAUUUCUCGUCAAUUAAAUAACGCUGGCGACGAAAUUGAAAUACCAAUAAAUACAGUUACUAUUAAAUCAUUAUUCAAAAUGAACGGAAUUCAUCAUAUUCCAUCAUAA